UACGUCUCAAACUUUGAGCUUUGACUAGUGCCUACACUUUUAAAUCUAUGUCAUGUGUACGCAUAUAAAUAUUACACAGUAUAGAUUUGCCUAUUAAUAAAAAGUUUCAUGUUUUCUAUAAAUAUUAUUGAUUUGUGUGAGAUUAACCAGUGUCUUAAAUUCAGAAUUCCAUGAACUCAAAAAUUUGUUCAAUAUUUAUCCAAGUAGUAAGCAAGUAAUCUCAAAAAGUUAUGAGUAGUGUACAAGACACCGGUCCUGAGACAUUUCAACAAUUUCCUUCGAAUAGGAUUAUAGUAAUUCACCCUGGUUCUUUCUACGUUCGUAUAGGUAGAGCUUCGGAUCUACUGCCUGUAAGACAACUACACUGCAUUGCAAGAAAACGUCGCCCAGAAGGAAUAAAAACAACAAAAAUUCAAAAUCGGCAACCAAGUGACCCAGAAGAUCCAUUUGAUGCUGAAUUUUUAAGAGAAACAGGAAGAAAAAAGGAAGUAGUUGAUUCAGCUGUAGCUGAGCAACAAACAGAAACAGCGAACGAAGCUCAGCCGUCAACUAACACUGAAGAAGACAUUGUUGUUGAUACAUUAGAAGGAGGACCUGGAGACAUUGUUACUCUAGCUCCUGGUCAAGUUUUAAGCCUAGAUGCAGCUAUAUUACAAAGUAUAGAUCGGUGUCCUAAUGAAGAACUUAAAAGAAAAAUGUACAGUAGUAUUCUGAUUAUUGGAGGAGGUGUUAAAGUUCAUGGACUUAACCUAUGGUUGCAAAAUAGACUUGCAUUACAAAUUCCAUAUGCAUAUAAAACUGAACAGUUAGAAAUAGUAACAUCACCUAAAGAUAUUGAUCCUGCUAGUACCGUCUGGAAAGGAGCAGCUGUGAUGUCAUGUUUAGAAUCUGCUAUUGAGUUGUGGAUAAAUCAGAGUGAAUGGAAUAAACAUGGACUUAAGGUUCUGCGGGAGAGAGCACCAUUUAUUUGGUGAAUAUUUGACAUACUUGUUUUCCAUUGUCAAUUUUAAAACUAUUCCCUAUCUUUCUGUUAAUAUGUAUAAUUAAAGGUUUUUCAUUUAACUAAAUGCAGAUGUAUAAUGUUUCCUUUAUUAUAUAGGGAAUGAAAGUAAAAUGCAUAACUUCUUAAAACAAUAUAUUUUAAAAAGUGUUACUAAGGUUGGCAAUAAAGAGAUUCAGAAUGUUUA